AUGGAUGAGGGUCUCGGCAUGGUGCUGCGGCUGAUGACGGAGACAGAGCCCAUCUCCUAUGAGAGCGACUGGUUCACCCUGCGCGAGGCGAUGCUGCAGCUUCGCCCGUACACCAAGCCACACAUGCCCAUCGCCGUGGCCUCGGUGCAGUCGCCGUCGGGCGUGGCGCUGGCGGGCAAGUACGGCGCAUCGGUGCUGACCAUCACCGUGCCGCGCGACCCGGGAGCACCCGACUCCGACCUCGGCUCGCUGUGGGAAAUCGCCGAGACAUCGGCAGCCGAGCACGGGCAGACGAUGAACCGCGACGACUGGCGGCUGGUGCUGCCGGUACACCUGGCCGAGACCAAGAAGGACGCGAUGAAGCAGGCCCGCCUCGGGGCCGGACGCUACCAGCGGGAGUACUUCGAGCACACCAUGGGUCGCGACGCCAUCGUCGACGGGCCGCUGGAAGACAUCAUCGAAGUGAUGGACGAGAGGGGCUCCUGGAUCAUCGGCACCCCGGACGACUGCAUCGAGGGCAUCAAGAAGCUGGAGGAACGCAGCGGCGGUUUCGGCGGCUUCAUGGUGCAGGCCAUCGACUGGGCGCAGCGGGAGCAUGUGAUGCACAGCUACGAGCUGAUGGCCCGCUACGUGAUGCCCGCAUUCCAGGGCACAACGGCCAGCACCGCCGGGUCGAACCAGUGGGCGUACGAGCGCCGGGAUACCCUGAAGUCGGGCCGGGCCGCCGCCAUCGACCGGGCCAAGGCCGACUACGCCUCCCGAGCCAACUAG